ACGCAGGUCCAGCACACGAUCCCAAAAAAAUACUCUGCAUCGUCUCCAUCGCUGUUCUUCCAUUAUUGACGAAUCUCUUUCCUUCUUAAUAAACACACACCCCCUUUAGAUUCCCACCAACGCCUCUCUCUCUCUCUCGAUUUGUUCAUCGCCGGAGCUCGUGGUCCGCGGCGGAGAGAUGGCUCCUAACGAUCCUAAAAAUGGCGGCGGCGGCGGAGGGAGCGGUUUCUUCGCGUCUCUCGCUUCCUCGAUCUCCAGUUUGGGAUCCGCCAUGACCAAAUCAGUUAACGGUUUGGUUGGCUAUGAGGGACUUGAAGUUAUUAACCCUGAAGGGAGCACAGAGGAUGCAGCUGAGGAAGCUAACAGAGGAAGAUGGAAGCAAGAGGAUAGAGAUGGUUAUUGGAAGAUGAUGCAGAAGUACAUAGGGUCUGAUGUCACAUCGAUGGUGACCCUUCCCGUUAUUAUCUUUGAACCAAUGACAAUGCUUCAGAAAAUGGCUGAGUUGAUGGAGUACUCGCAUCUACUAGACAUGGCAGAUGAAACUGAGGAUCCUUAUAUGCGCAUGGUGUAUGCUUCAUCAUGGGCUAUAUCUGUGUACUUCGCUUUCCAACGUACGUGGAAACCGUUUAAUCCAAUCCUUGGUGAGACUUAUGAGAUGGCUAAUUACAAUGGUGUCAACUUCAUAUCCGAACAGGUCAGCCAUCACCCGCCGAUGAGUGCAGGUCAUGCUGAAAACGAGCAUUUCACUUAUGAUUGUACUUCGAAACUUAAAACAAAGUUUCUUGGCAAUUCCAUUGACGUUUACCCAGUAGGAAGGACACGUGUGACACUCAAAAGAGACGGAGUGGUUCUUGACUUGGUACCCCCACUGACCAAAGUUCACAACCUAAUCUUUGGACGAACUUGGGUUGAUUCUCCUGGGGAAAUGAUCAUGACCAACAUGACCACGGGUGACAAAGUUGUGCUUUACUUUCAACCAUGUGGUUGGUUCGGAUCUGGUCGAUAUGAAGUGGACGGAUACGUCUAUAACGCCAAUGAGGAGCCCAAGAUACUAAUGACUGGUAAAUGGAACGAGUCCAUGAGCUAUCAGCAGUGUGAUGGUGAAGGUGAACCUCUCCCGGGCACUGAAUUAAAGGAGGUCUGGAAACUCGCUGAUGCUCCAAAGGAUGACAAGUACCAAUACACACACUUUGCUCACAAGAUCAAUAGCUUCGACACUGCCCCAAAGAAGCUCUUGCCGUCUGAUUCACGGUUACGCCCUGAUAGAUACGCACUAGAGAUGGGCGACAUGUCCAAAUCUGGCAAUGAGAAGAGCAGCAUGGAAGAGAGACAGAGAGCUGAAAAGAGAACACGUGAAGAGAAAGGCCAAAGCUUUACUCCCAAGUGGUUUGAUAUAACAGAGGAAGUCACUCCUACACCAUGGGGUGAUCUCGAAGUUUACCAGUUCAACGGAAAGUACUUAGAACACCGGGAAGCUGCUGAUAAAUCUGAAGAUAACACCGACCCUAAGUCAAUCCCAUUCAACCCAUGGCAAUUCCAAGACAUGUCGACUUAAGUGAACUGCUCCAAAAAAAGACAAAAGAAGAUCAAAACUUUUGGUAUCAUGUGUUGUAAUACUUAUUCUCUAGUAGUUCCAGCAAACUCUUGCAUUCUCUAGUUAUAGUUUACAACUUC